UACGUGCGUGACUAAUGAAUCUAGAGCGUCCGACACACACAAAGAAAAAAGUUUGCACCACAGCUGCUCGUCGGGGAAAUGACUAAUUAGUGGACUCGGAAUGGGAAUUUGCCGCAAAAUGUUUCGCCCUCGAGAGCCGACAAAGGUCGAGCCGCCGGUGCAAGGGUUGCGAGGCCUCUACCUGGCGGACCUGAUCAGCGACUCCAUAGGAGGGCCACUCGGUCUCGCCGUUUUUGUCCUCCUGGGUUAUGUUGCCAGGUUGGCAGGACCAGCAGUGAUAAUUUCCGUCGUGUUUGCAGCUGUGGUAGCAAUUAUUGCAGGAGCAUGCUACGCUGAAUUAGGAUCAUCAACCCCUAGGACGGGGUCGACGGCUGCUCUUGCCCUAAAUCUAGGGAGAGUCGGCGAACUAGUCGCGUUUCUAGUCACCUGGAAUCUCAUCGCAGACCUCGCAAUAGGUACAGCCGCGGCCGCAAAAGGUGUUCGCGCGUCAAUUGACGCCAUGACAAACAACGCUCUAACGCAGUAUUUCACAGAAGUAGCUCCUUUGGAAUCGGAAUACACGUCUCCAUUCGUCGACUUCCUAGCCCUGCCACUUCCAAUAAUUUGCAUAAUUACUUGCUGCGUGUUCCGAGAAUACAUGAUGCCGAGAGUGGCCGGAACGCUUUUCGCCGUUGUAAUUUUCCUCUACAUGGUAAUCGCAGGAGCUUUCGAAGCCGACAGUUCAUUGUGGAGCAUUCCAGCAAAUUGCACAGGCAAUACUUGCCCUCCGGGGUUGGCGGCGAUCAUAGGCGACGGCUACUUUCUGCCGUACGGAAUGUGGAACGUCUUUCAAGGAGCUGCCAUUCUGUCAAUAGCGUUCAUUGAUUUAGGCAAAGGCGCAUAUCCAAUUCGAGGAUUGGUCAGCAAAAAACAGAUUCUGCCUCCUUUGUCAUCAAUGGUUGCAUUUGCGAUCGGUUUCGUGUUUCUCUUUUCUAUUGGAAUAAUUGUGACGAUGAUGAGAGCGUACUUUAUGCUGAUUCCAGCGCAAGAGGUCAUAACCGUAUUCAAAUUACUUUCUUACCGCGAGGGUCUUUACAUUGUCGCAACGGGAGCGAUUCUUGUUCUUUUAUUCACGAUAGAAACAUUUGCGUACACCAUUGCUGGGGAACUGAAUGCCCUCGUAAAAGAAAGAGCCUUGUUUCCAUUUUUAGGAAACGUGGACGUUUACGGCAGGGAAAGGCCUUUAUAUGGAGCUCUAGUUAUUGGAUUAAUAUCAGGUUUGCUUGGUGCAUUUUUCACGGAAGGGCAACUGGCGCAGAUGCUCUCAAUCGGUACCCUGAUUUCUUUCGGAUUGAUCAUGUGCUCGUCCAUAAUCAACAGAUGCCAAUACGACGCUUGGAAAAAUGAAACGGGUUCGUUCGCAAGCGUGGUCAAGCAAUUUCUGAUGUGCCGGAGGUUGGAGGCGCCGAAUUUCGCAACGUCAAACGCCGCCAAAAUAGCAACAGUCCUUUACAGCCUUCUGUGUCUCGGCCUCGGAGGGUUAAUUGUGUAUUUCUCGGCGGAAAUUGGUUUUGGCUACGUUGGCGCGGUCAUCGCUUUGAUCGUCCUCUCCGUCCUGGCACUCUACGUGCUCACCAUUAUUACUUUGCAGCCCCAGAACACAAGCACCCCCAUUUACUUUAAGGUUCCGCUCUUCCCGCUCUUCCAAGGACUUGGAAUUUUAUUUGCGGCUUUUCUGAUUAUGAACGUGCACGCGUGGGCCUGGUACAGACUUGCGUUGUGGAGUGCAAUCGGUUUAAUUUUGUACGUCGCAAACUUCUGCUUCAAGUCCAGUGACCCCGAAUCAAAUGACAAGAGCAAAAGAAGCUCAGGAAGCGACGUGGCCGCUUUGGUUGGAAGCAAAUCUAGCAUCUCGGUCCAGUCCGAGACUAAAUCAACUAAGGAAAUAAUUCUCACUGGCGGCGCCGUAAUGAGGGAGAAGAGUGAACGGAAAACGGACGAUUCGAGGCGAAAUGGAUGGUUGGAGGCAGAAGAGAAUGAGGUCAAAAUUGAACUUGUCGACACUUUGAGUCUAACAUCAGAAUCAGAUGUUGCAGUUAGCGGAAACUCGUCGGCUACUGCCGAACAGCAAAUUGUUGAAGUGGCUGUGCCUGACAUAGUGGUCUCGGAAAUCCUGAAGACCGCGGACGAUGUCGGCACUCCGACAUCCAGCAGGCACGAAGACACCCCCGAAUUCUACGCCAGACAAUUGGACGAAAUGUUCACGUUUGACACUCCGGGCGACACCGACUCGCACUACAGCUCCGGUGAGAGCGUCGUCGAAGUCCACCAGCCGCCCAAGGUGCUCGUGGACGAGGACACCGGCGAGGUGUCCAGGGAAGAAAGCCGUUCCGUCCGCUUUGCGCACACGGACGAUGAAUCCUCGAGCGAUGAGGAAAGUAAUAAUGAGAAAGACGAAAACAAACUGCAUGUGGAGGCGGGAGAAGACGAGGUCGUCGUUGCCCCCUCCAGCCCUAAACCCCCUCCCCUCCCCCCGGCAAAUUUGGUAAUUUCGGCGCACCUCUCAUCCAAGUCGCGACCAGUGGAAGUGGAGGAUGUGGUGGUGCCUCAAAGUCCAACCACCAGUUUCAUCCCCGAAGAAUUCUUUGAGGAGAAGACGACGAGUCAUUUGAAUGACUUCCAGCUUGAGCUGAGGAACACCCUGAAGCUGCGAAGCCAGAAACUCAUUGACAGCAUUGACAACACGGUCGUCAACGUCAACGAAGGUAUAGAAAUUUUUGGGGGCCGCAGAAGUCGGGAGGUUUCCAUUUCCGAGCCGGUUAUUUUGCCCCCACCGGUCACCAUGAAGGGAGGCAAAUUCGAGAAUCACGCCUUUGUGGAGAAAUUGGAUUCGAUUCUGAAGGAGCAGAUCAGCGGAGUCGAGAACAAACGACCGCGAGCAAAAGUCUACAAACAGCAGAAGAGGGUGGUUAUUCUGCAAGAGCUCGAGGGUGGCGAAUCCAGUGCGCCUAUGAGAUUCUCCUCGGCUGAUCUCCUUUCGGCCAAGUCGAAGUUGCGCUCCAGCAAUGGGGAAAGUUCAAGUCUGGGUGACCUUAAUAAUAAUUCUAAUAAAUUGGCUGAAAAAGCGCCGUCAAGAAGGGAGGCCAAGUCGCUCGAAGCUUUUGAAUCAAAUCCCAUGAUCAUCGAGGACAAGUGAUGGAUACUUAAAAUAAUAUAGUGUUUUAAUUGUGCACUUUUGGAUAUAUGUAUAUCAAUUUAUUUUAUAGAAUUUAAUAUUUCAACAGUCCGUGAUUGUACAUAGUAUUUUAUUCUGCGCAUAUCUGUAUAAGUUUGAGAUUUAUAAAUAUUUACAAUUUUUCAAACCCCAAUUUCUUAUUCCUAACAUUUUAGGAAAUAAAUUAUGUCAUAAAUUCUUAAUUAACUGAUAAAUUCUUUAAACAAACGGAAUUCACAUGCGCGCUCUUUGUUAUAAAAAUAUCAGCCAAUUAUUAGACGCACCACUUUCUUCCACUAUAAAUCAAACGCAUUUUUUUUUCAUUUAUAUAUAAUAGUCUCUGUUCGAUAUAUUCAACAAUCACCAGAUCAAUCAGUCAUAAGCAGCCCUAGCGUAAACAGGCGAUCCCGUUCCCGCCGGAUUGGAGGGAAGAUUGUUCCUAAACAACAAUCCGAAUUACUCUCUAAAGCAUUUGCGCUCUCUCGGAAAAAUAUUUACGGAGGCAUCCAAAUAUUAUCAGGCAAAUCCGGCGACGCCUGAAUACCACUCAUCAGGGCUCCGUAUCCUGAACAAUUAAUUUUCCGCACCUUUAUUGACACGCUUAGUUUAAUAGUGAGCUAAAUUUUUACUCUUGGAGUCGAUGUGGUGGUGGUCCUCGGGAGGCGCCGAUGCCGGAGAUUUGUUGCCGCACGACUUGCCCGCGUGCCACGACGCGAUGGCCACCGUCAGCAGCACGAUGAAGCCCACCAACACGGACAGGGCUAGCAUUUGGGCGCUUGAAACCUUUUGGGUGGAAACUUCGGUCACUCGCUGCACCCGUGAUCCGUGCGCCUCAACUUCAAAAACGUAAAUCUCACCCUCCUCCAAACCAUUUACUGAAAACAGCAAUUAAAAAUAAUUAAAAAAUUUAAUUAAAAACGAAGUUUAUUUUAUAAGUAUAUAAACUGUGGUCGAACUAAAUUGCUUCCUGUAUAAAUCAAGAAU